GGCUGCUCCGCUGUAGUCGUUGCUGUGAGUGAUCGGGCUGUGUGUUAUACGGAGAAGAGUAGUAGAAGUGAUCGCAGUGUGCUCGUUGUACGGACAUCAUCCAUCACUAUGAAGGAGAGAAGGAACCCUCAACCCGCUGUAGUCCGGUGCAAACUGGUCCUGGUGGGGGAUGUGCAUUGCGGGAAGACGGCCAUGUUACAGGUCCUGGCCAAGGAUUGUUACCCCGAGACCUAUGUACCUACAGUGUUUGAAAACUACACAGCUAGCCUGGAGACAGAAGAACACCGUGUGGAGCUCAGCCUAUGGGACACAUCAGGUUCUCCAUAUUAUGAUAAUGUCCGGCCCCUCUGCUACAGCGACUCUGAUGCAGUACUGCUCUGCUUUGACGUCAGCCGGCCAGAGAGCCUAGAUAGUGCUUUGAAGAAGUGGAAAACUGAAGUCGUGGACUACUGCCCCAGCACUAGAAUACUUCUGAUUGGCUGCAAAACUGACCUACGAACUGACCUUAGCACAAUCAUGGAGUUGUCAAACCAGAAACAGGCACCUGUGUCUUAUGAACAGGGUUGUGCUGCAGCCAAGCAAUUAGGAGCAGAGAGCUAUCUUGAGUGUUCAGCCUUCACGUCAGAAAAAAGCGUACACAGCAUAUUCCGUUCAGCAUCUUCAGUGUGUCUAUCCAAACCCUCUCCUCCGAACCGCAGAAGCCCUGUCCGAAGCUUAUCCAAGAGACUGUUAAACAUACCCAGCCGCUCUGAAAUUAUUUCUUCAACCUUCAAGAAAGAGAAGGCCAAGAGCUGUUGUCUUAUGUAA